UUCAUUGCCUUCAUUAAAUUGAUUGUCGCUGUCGCCGGUUUCGUGUUUAGAUAUUUAAAAUGAAUUAUUUAUAUUUGGCCUUAUUUUAAAAUAGUAAUAAUUUAAUCAUUUUAGAAAAGUAAUCAAACCAAAAAUUAUAACAUUCGAAUACUCCAUCAUAUCACCAUGAACGCUAGCUUAAAUUCGAGUUUGUUGCAACGUACCAUAGAUCUGCAGUAUGAGAACAAGAAGCGCUCUUAUUCUUUUAAGUGGAGCAUGAUAAAUGGCUUCCUCUUCAUUGUCUUCGUUUACGAUUUGUCAUGCAAAUGCCCCACCUACACUUCAGCGUUUCAUUACGCAGAGUAUGCCUUGGCCACAGUGUUGGGUAUAAGUUUGAUCCAGCAUGGCUACCAGCUGUUUAAGCGGAGCCCACCACUGGCCAUCACACCGAGGCAGCGGGACUUGUUGGGAGUAGGUGAUGCAGACACAUCGUUCCGCAUAAUAGAGCAGCAAUCGCUAUCGUCUGACUCCAUAUCGCCGGACGUGUCAUCAUUGUCGGCGUCGCUGUCGCCGCGCUGGCGGCGCAACGCCGACGCCGGCAGCCGCUCCGUGUCGGCGUCGCCGCCGGACCCGCCGCGAGCCAACACCACGCCCGACUGCUUCAUCUCGGAUUACACGGAGCUCGAUCACUACCUCAAACAAUAUGAAGAGCGGAGCAUCCUCGAGUCGUCCCUGAACGUCAGUACUAGCAGCCCCACGCCCAUGCCCCCGCCACACUAUCAACUCGCUACCUUGGAUAAAGAAAGCAAGCUAGAAGACUCCAGUUCGAACGACCGCAGCGGACUGAGCGGAGCGCCUCAAGUGUGGUGGCGUCUACAACUCGACCCGCAGAGGCUCACCGACUGGAACCUCAACUUGAGACUGUGGUUGCAUGUAACUAUUCUGGAGCGCUUGGUGAGAGAGAUGGCGGCCGUGGACGAGGCGCUCGCCAGGAUCGGACUGCAUGACGUUAAAUUGGGACACGUGUCCGUGGAGCGUUUACGCCAGAGCGCAAAGACCGGCGGUUGCGGCUCGUUGGCCGCUGUACUGCCUUUCCUGGAAGCCUUCCCCGACCAGAAGUACCUCGUGCAAAGGAUAAAAGAGCUGGCAGUUGGCGGCUGCCUCAGCAACUACAAAUGGAACGGCGGCGGCAGCGACUACGACGACAGCAAGCCCACCGACGCCGAGAUAGUCCUGCACCUGCUCGCCACCUACCUCGACGGUCAACUACCUGACGUCGGCCGUAAGGCGUUCACGGAAGGCCACAUAUCAAGCGCGCCGUCGCCGCCCCCGCGAGGCGCCAGUGCGUUGUCCAUACACAAGGUGACCAGUCGACCGCCUCAUUACGUCCUGGCGUUGGAAGAUGACACUAUCGAGGUGUGCCGCGGGCGCAACAACCUCCUGCACACGAUCCUGCUGCUCAUCGCCGCGUGCGCGCGCCGCACGCCGCCCGCGCUGCACCGCGUGCACCUCGGGCCCGCCGGCCUCAACAUGCUGUGGAUCAUAUCCUAGGCACGUGCACUUAUACUAUACGCAAAUAAAAUAAGCAUAGUGCUAACUCCAUAAACAACACCAACUACUAAAAAAGUCAAACCAAAUCAAAUCCAAAUGAACGUAAUAUAAAAAUCUGAUUACUUUGCCCCACAUGUGGAUAAAAUGCAAUUUACUCAUGAGUUUUUGAACAAUCAAGAGGGCCUCUGCCAGUUGGUGUGUACAAUAUUGUGCAAUUUUUGUUUCAUGAACACAUUCAUUAACAUGAAAUAUGUCUAGUAAUCCGCAUUUUUUUGUAACAUUUUGAUUAAGAUAUUAAAAAUGUAUUUAUUUCUAGCAAUUUUUUUGCAACGUGAUUUUUACUAGCUUUUUUUUAACUUGCCCUGUUAGUAUGUAUGUUAUUUUUUAGUGUCAAAUCUUGGAAGCCAAAUUUGACCCACUUCCAGAUUUCCGAUUGAGCUGAAAAUGUGCAUACAUAUAUUAUGUAAGUCGGAUGACAAUGCAAAAUUAUGGUACCAUCGAGCUGAUCUGAUGAUGGAGACAGGUGGCCAUAGGAACUCUGUGAUGAAACAACACAUCAUAAUUGUGUUUCGGGUUUUUAGAAUUGUCUAGAUGAGUAUUAGUUGCCCGUGGUAAGAAAAGUACAGUCGGCAACAAAAGCUAGUACCAAAAAUGAAUUUCACGGCCAAUAGAAUCCAUUGCCAUCUUUCAAAAUUUACGAAUGAAGUUAUUGAUGGACUGAUCAACAACACUUAGCAAUGAACUAUACAAUAAUAGGAGGGUGGGCAAAUUGGCCCAUUUGACCAAUAAGGGCAAGCAGUUUAUCACUGGAUAGAUUAUUCUAAGUUGUAAAACUUUUACUAUGGUAGGUAGUCCCAAAUCUUAGUGAAAAAAGUUAUCACCGCAAAUAGUAGUGUGAGAUGCACAGUGCCUAUACACCGUGUUUUUAUUUCCGUUAAUUUCAAGGCAUUCCUGAGCUUAAAUUAAGUAACUUUCUCAGACACCUAUAUUCUAAUUAACUUAAUUUCGGAGAUAAUCAAUAAUUUAUUUUUAUCGAUGUUUGAAAUGUCAUUGAUAUCACAUCAUCAUCCCUUUCCACCAUACCACUACGUCGGAAAGGGACAAACGAUUAUUAUCGGCUUGUCAACUUUAGUAGACGUUUAUGAAUUUAAAAAAAGUAAACAGUUUUUAAAUUUUCGGGUAGUUAUAACAUUUAUUGGUUCACCAACCAAAUACAAAACUGCCUGGAUCUGUCACUGAACGACCUGACUUUAACCUACAUUAUUUGAUCAUGUAAUGUUUUCAUCUACCCUCAAGAUCGAGUGUAGAUUUUGUUUACUUUUAUUUAAGUAUCUAAAGAUAUAGAGUAUAGUAACGACGCCUUUAGGCGUUCAAAGGGUUAAAACGCUUCUGCUGCUGACUGUGGAACAAAAUUGGAAAGUUGAUUGGUUCAUUUUAUUGAUGUUUAACCUUUUAACCGCUUUGAAUUUUUCAUUGAGGGUGCCGCCGGGGCGAAGUUACACGAAGUUUUUUCUUAUUUAUCAGAGUCCGGCGAAAUGAGCUGGAUAUUGUAAGUAUAUCUUUAUUAAAGAUAGUUUAUUUUCCAAGUAGGCAUAUUACAAUGCGCUUAUGAACGUCAAAUAAAGCUACGCCGGCUCUAACCCUAAACAUCUGACCCGAGGAGAUUUAAAUCGCUCUUAAACUGUAGGAGGGUAUCCCAAUAUGGGACCGGCAAGAAACUCGGCGGUUAAAAGGUUAAAAUCAAGAAUCGGAAUUUUAGACAAAAUAUACUUUAUUGUAUUUUUUUUUGUAUUGAAUGCCAUAUUAAGUUAGGAUACUCUAACUAUAUUUAAGUAAAUGUGUACAUUUUAUUUCUACAAAGAUCAAAAAAUGUUUAACUUUUUUGACACUGGAUCCUAUACGCAUGUGCGAGCGGGAUGUCGCUAUAAUACGUGCAUAGCGUUGUCUCGCUCAAAUAUCGAGGAGCGCACUCGAGGAGGCAUUUUACGGGCGUCAAUUAGUAACUUUUGCAAGUAAAUCAAUACAUUUUCGAGUUGUCAGAACAAGGUUGUAGCAACACAUAUUAUGUUUAAAUAGUUUUUAUUGUUAAAAGCGACAAUUUUUCCAUCCUCACCACUUAGAUGGUUGGCAGUCCUCAACUGUGCGUUUCUCCAGGAACUUCCUGCCUCGCACAGCUAAACUGGAAUGAACUGUCGCCUGCGGUAUUUCCGGACUGAUACUUUCAAACCUUCAAAAAAAGAGCGUACUCCCAUCUUAAAUGCCGGCAACGCACUUACAACCCCUCUGGUGUUGCAGGUAAUCGCUUACCAUCAGGUGAUCCGUCUGCUCGUUUGCCUCCUGUACCAUUAAAAGAAAAAGUAACAGUGCAAUCUUCGGGCGUAUUCGUGCGCACUCGGUUUUCCUAGCCAACUCAGUCGUUACCGAUAUCUGACGCCGGAAAGCUGCGCGCAGGCCGAUCGCUCUCGCUUGCAUUUUAAUUACGAUUUAUUGGACCCCCGGGGUACGUCCUUAAACUACGUCCAAAAUAGAGGUAUUGGCAUUGUGAAUUUUAUCUCGCUUUGUAUGGUAGGGCACAGCACAGCGGAUGUCAUUCCAGAUCUAGAGCAGAGCCCAACUGGGUAAGUACCUCCAUCUUAUAGAAAACCGCACCCAAAUAACACUAGACCCUACUCAUAGUGUUGUGUUCCCGCCGGUGAGUAAGGUUGCCAGAGUACAUGCCUAUGCACGCCUUACGGUGACUGCUUACCAUCCGGCGGCCCAAGCAUACGGCCUAUAUAUUUGCUACGGUGUUCUGUGCUAUUUUCUCUCUUCCGUACUGUACUUCUGUGGACUAUGUUUAACCUAUAAUCAACUUUAUAAAUGUUAAUCUGCAUUAUACUAAUAGCUCCGUAGCGAUAAGGUACGCGUAACCUGGUAUUAGUAUUUCCGGACCUAAUUUGAAGUAAGUCAUGUCAACAUUUUAUACAAGUUAGAAAUAAAAACAUGUUUCCUUUUUGAAAAAAAAAAAAAAAAAAACUAAAUAAGAUAUGUAGGAACUUAGGAAUCAUCAUGCGACAAAUGAAAAUCAUGCGUCAUUAUGAUUAAAUACCAGGUUACAAAUACAACGAAUAACUUAUGACACGAAAAUGUAUUGAUUUAUAUGCAAUACUAACUGACGUGCACGCAAUAUGUCUCCUCGAGUGCGGUGUAUGCUCAUAAUUAACAGACAAUUAGGGCUUGUGCACAAAUCACGCGAGGUGGGGCCAAAAAUAGCCGAAAAAACCUCGCGUGAUUUGUGCACAAGCCCUUAGUAGAUCUGAUGCCAUCCAGAAUGUAGCCUGAAUGGGGAUCCAUUCAAUGGCAUAUUAGGUAUCGUGGUAAAUAAGGAAAAAGAAAAUUACGUGAAAAAUUUUUGGUCUUUGUAUGCACGGUUGGCCGACUUGGACCUGCCCCAUAGAAAAAAAUCGCGUCAAUAAUGUUUCUACGAUACUGAAUAUGCCCAGCGUAUUCCAACUAUUUUUGUUACAUCCUGUAGGGCUAAGAUGGUCGGCUCUUUAUCAUUUGUCACCAAUUGUCACGUUCUAAUAAGUAUGUAAGUGCGAAAGUGACGGGCAUAGUGACAAGUGAUAAAAAUGGAACCAUGCUGCCACUGCUGUAUAUUUUAACUUGUGCUUUGACAUAACUUUUAUAGUAUAUAUUUCUAGCUUUGUCGUUGUCUAUAUUGUUGAUAAAUUCAUCAAUAGGCGGGGUAGCAUAGCUCAGGCGAGGCAAACGCGCGCGCCGCCUCGGUCGUGGCACGGCUACACUCGUCGUUUUGUUCGCGAGGAAAUUGCCUCGCGUGUAUGCUCGCUCUGUGUGGCCCGCCUAAUAACUAGUUUCUUUACAAAAGUAUGUUACUAGAGUCGGCCCAAGCUGAGUUAGCUUGUAGCUCAGUAUGUUUGACUUUUUACGAUUUUUUAUUUGUGUAAAAAUUAGGAGUGAAAAACAGAUUUAGUACAAAUUUUAAAACGCUUCUAACUUUUAUAAUAAUUAAAGAUACGAAGAAAUCAAACAGGGGGAUAGCUGUGGUUGACGUACAAUAAACUCAAAAUAGUUUAAUAAUGUUAUCCAGAGAGGAAAAUGGGGACUACGUUUUUAUGAAAAGCCUUAAUAAUACCAGCAGCUGUAGCACGGUCGUAUUUUUAUCAUUUGUCACUAUGCCUGUCACUUUCGCAUAUACAUACACGUCAGAACAUGACAGGCAUAGUGACACGUAAAAAUGCGACCAUUCUAAAGCCCCAGAACUAAAUUUGGAUAAGUGUAAUAAGACUAAAAUCAUUGCUUUAUACUUAAGAUUAAAGUACCUUAAUAUAGAUCGUGUCAUUCACGAAGACGCCUGCCAUGACACGUAUUGUCAUGUUAUUAAAGGUUAGAUUUGACAAAUCUGCGCGUCUUCGCGGAUGACAUGAACUAUACUAAUGCCUAGGUAAAACUUAUGUUAAGUUGUAAAAAACAUUGUUGUAUUACUAUUUGUAAAAAUAAAGGUUUUUAAAAGUA